CCUCACUCGUAGCAGAUCGACAGAUAUACAAAAAAAAAAAAAAAAAAGGGGGGGGUGAUCUUCUUCUUUUAUUUUUUUUAUUUUAUUCUGUUGAUUAGGAGAGGGAGGAAAGUAUAGCUGGGUUGGUUACCUACCUACGUUUUCCCUCCCUCCCACCCCUUUGCCUACAUUCCAGGUUUGGUACAGUGCCACGUCAGCAGUACCAUGCCAACAGUGCCACGUCCGCAAUGCCCCGCCACCAUGACGGACUCAGCUCUGGGCAUGCCAGGCCAAUUGGCCAACGAGUCCAUUGCCGAGUACCGACAGCGGUUCCAGGCUCAGCUCGCACUGAUCGAGGCUGAGGAACAGCGCGAGGUGGCAGCCGAGGCUGUCCGCCUACAGGCUGAAGCGGCGGCAGCAGCUGAAAAGCAGCGGCUUCAGGCCGAAGCAGAAGCAGAUACCCAGGCACGCCGCAAGGAGGCCCAGGAUCUGCUACAGCGGCAUGAAGCCACCAGCAUCGAAAAGCUCAAGUUCUGGCACUUUGAACCAUCCGCGGAGCACGACGACGCGACACCGGAAGAGCAGCAUAAGGAAUUCCUGGCCAAGCUCGUGACCCGGUUGGUCUACACUUGUAACCACCUGCAGUCCGAGCUGGCGAUUCUCCGACGGGCAAUGCAGAACCACAAGGAUCUGCACGAGGAUGCUACACGGGCACUUAAUUCCCGUGCACAGGACUUGGAGCAAGUUGCCCCAAGACCGAAUGCUGGCGAGACCAUCAGUGCACCCUCUACCCUCCAGUUGGAGGAACGAGUUGACCACGUAGUCGCAAUGCUCGGCGACAUCAACACCUUCGUUGCACCGGCGACCAUCAGCAAGCAGCUGGACACCUUGAAGACCAAGGUUCAGCAACUGCACCAGCUGCCCAACAGCAAUGGCAAGCCAAGUGCGCAGCACUACAAGAUGCCGACAUUCCGCAUCGAAAAGUUCGAUGACUAUACGCAUCAAGACCCGGUUCCCUCGUGGGAGGGCUUACAGCGGAACUUCAAAUUCUUUUUGUGCCUGAGCACUCGUAUAUCGGCGCGAUGUUCCUAAACUCAAAGGGAGGUUGCCAGAUCUGGCUCAGCCACCUGGCAUCCAUUCACGGCGUCCAGGUCGC